AUGCCAGUAACGUUUCAAGUGACCAAAACACCAGAGCAAACUUUGGAAAUUAAGAAAGCAUUUACCACUAACUGCAUUCUUCCAACAGAAAAUGCUUCUCAAUACACACUCAUCCAAAGUAGUUUACCAACUCAUCUUCAACAAGAUGAAAAGAAUGAAAGUCUUUGUCAUAUGGGGGCUCAUUCCUUCGUUAUGAGUGCCUUUCAAUCAUAUUCUUCUCAUCAUCAUCUCAUUAUUAGACCAGAUGAUGUUUGGUUGGCCAUUUGCACACAAUUUUCUUUGUAUGUCAAUGCUCACUCUGAAGAAUUGAGAUCAAAAUUCGUUGAUUUUGAAGGUAAAAAACAACUCACAGUCAUUGGAGAUGGAACAUUAUUUACAGCAAAUUAUGAAGAGUUGAGUGCUCAAAUGACUUUUGAAAUUGCAAAGAAUAUUAAAGAUCCAUCUGUUAGAGAAUGGAUCAUGCCAGAUUUUACAACCACAAAGGAUGUCGAUCGAAUGGUUGGUGCUGUGGUCUUGAUGGCAUCCAUGAAACAAUAUUUUGACUACCAAUUUGUGUUGGUGUGUAAUUUACCAAAAGUUACCUUAUUAGGACAAGUUGAAGAUUGGGUCAAGGUCAGAGAGAAGGCCAACAGAUUGCUCGAAUUUGAUUUGAAACAAGGUUACUUGACUGAAUGGUCUAAAAUGCUCUUCCCAGUUCUUGAUAAAUUAGUUCAGAGUGCCAAAGGUAAACCUGAUUUAUCUUUCUGGAAUCGAAUUGCACACAAAGAUGGAGGUGGUAGUGGUCCUUCCUAUCUCUCAGGUUGGAUCACUGUAUUUUGUGUGUUCACUACGAAGGGAGAAUGGGUUGGUGGAAAGAAGAGUGUGGAAACUGGAUCAAAAACUGUUAAAAGUGAAUAUCCUAUUGUGGAUAUGAGUGUGGUUCCAAAUGGAUAUGUCAGUGUUCCUAUGUUGGUUGUUGACAGAGGAGUCAAAUAUGAAACUGAAUUGUUUGCUGGACAUAUGUGUGCUCAUAACGGAGAGAAUGGAAAGAGUUUGCAACCUAGAGUGGAUUGGGCCUUAUUCCUUUCUCCAACUAGCGAGAACAAGUGA